AUGAAGAUGGCGUGGGACUCGGAAAUGGACCAUGUUCGGUCCUGGGUCUUGAAUGGAGAUUAUGAUACGGAUAUUGAAACUUCUUUCGAUCGCCCUCUUCCGAGUUCAAUCAUCGUAACCGGUCUUUCUGAAGCUAUCCUCCCUCAGAUCAAAGAGAAUGAUGACGACCUACAAGCCCGGUUCUCUCAAAAUACCAAAUCCAUUGCGUCGAACGCCCAAGAUCUAUCCCAGCUACCAUCGCAGCUAAAACCCCUCGCUAUCGCUGAUGAUACGGAAGAUCCUCUCAUCCCAAAUGAAGUUGAGAUCCGCCACACCUAUAACAACAGUCUCGCGACAUGGCAAAACCUCGUUGAUCAAAGUUUAUCUCUACCACGAGGCACUUUCCCAGCUGGACUCAGUCCUUCUAUCAUGCUACAGGAUAUACCUCCGUUGCCGGAAUCCUUGCCGCCAAGCGGUGUCUUAGCUGGAAGCCCGUGUUUUUAUUUAGGACCUGACCCCGAGCCGGGAUCAAGGUCCGAACUUGAUCUUCAGACGAUCACAGGCCAGCCUAAAUAUUUCCGGCUUGCUUAUCCAUCUCCCAUUGAAUGCUGCAUUUCGUCGGACAGAAGCACAUGUUAUGGUAACCCGGCGGGCACAGCAGAUGCACCUAAUUCUCCUCAGGGGCUCGCAAUCCUGACUCUCUGCUGGGGAUAUGUGCUUUCUCUACGGCAGCUGCAAUCUCAAAACAAAAAGGUUCAUUUCACCUCAUACAUUCAUCCGAUUCCAUUAUGCGACGUUGGAGAACUUUCCCAAAAUGAUAUUCUAGUUCAACUACCUAAAGAAACAUCUUGCCGCCUUGUUCAAUGGCUCUGUGCAGUUUUGGCCCCAAACCCAGGAUGGGCUGUUGACGGCACAUACACGCCAUGGGAUGCGCGAUUCAAAAGUGAUGUGCGCUUCGUCAUAGCUACGGAAGAGCAGGUCUCAUUCGAUUCUGAUGCAGAACCUCCCACCUCGACUGAGGCCACAGACCUUCUCAUCGAGUUCUGCGAACUAUUUGGUAUUGACCAUCCAGUCGGUUCCAAAAGCCCAACUACCUUGUCUCCCAUCAAGGCAGCGUUUCUUGCAAGCCUCGCGAUUCCAUUCUAUCGCAUGGCAAAGCUGCAGCCACAUCUACCCAGACCAUGGUUGAGGCCAGGGAAGACGGCACCUUUGAAUGCUGAACAAAAGGCUGAUAUUCAUCGAUACACGGAAGACGCACGCUACUACAUGACACUGAGCAUGCACCCAUAUUCCCUUGGACCUGUUUUAUGGAGUAUCUUUUGGCAACCAGACAUCCAGUGCAACCUCGUUAGCCCAUGGCUGGCAGGCAUCGAAAAUGUCCUUGAGCUGGCCUUGAAUAGCUGUGACUUUGAGAUGCUCAUCAAGAUUUUUCUCUUAAGGCGUCCACGUGUUGCCAUGUGGUGGCAUGGUCUUUUUCUCCUUGGUAACUCAAAGAUUAUGGACCUCAUCCGUAGCUACCUCGCUACUCUCGAUGAGGGAUGUUCAUACGAUACACUGUCUCGUCCAGAUAUUGUUUCAGCAGCUUGGACUGGCGCACCGCAAUCGUAUCAGGACAACAUUGCGUCUACUACCUACCAGGAUCUUGCGACAUCUAUUCCCAGAGCUUCUCUACUACAACACCGCCAUACGAUGACCCUUCGCGAUCCUUGGCCCCUUUUCUAUGGUUGGCUUCCAUUUGGAUCAAUACCCAAAAGCACAGUCGAACCUGACCUAUAUCCUUGGUUAGAGCGAGGCCACCAUCGUGAAUAUCGUCAUUGGACCUGGUGGGCAAGAGACGACGCGGAUUUCAAGCCUUCUACACAUGCUGGCUAUCGCAAAGAGACGAAGCGGUUUGUAUCAAGCGUUCCGGAUAACCUUGAUAUCAUUACUUCCAAUUGUUCCGCACCUGUCCCUCCCAUUAAGCUCGAGACUUCUCGCAGAGCUACCUUGCAUAUGCUUAGCCAUAGCCUCGGGAGUAUGGUUGGCGAUCGCAGUUUGAGCAAUGCAUACAUUCCCCUAUUAAAGCAGUCUCACCCCUGGCUGAAGGACUGGAUACCGGUUUGA